AUGGCGACCACCAGUGGCCUGACGCGCCGUCGAGGGGGAGGCCGGGCAAAUGGCGACGAUGGUCGAGUCGCCUCUCCGUCUCCACACAGCGGACCUAAUCACGACAAUCGUGGGCCUGAGACUUCGUUUAUUGGGGGCGAGAAUGGACACAAGAUCGCUUAUGAUCCGAAGGAUAUCAGUGAAAGCGUCGACCAGGCCAAGCAGCCCAAGUUGACAUUGAUGGAAGAGGUGUUAUUGCUUGGGUUGAAAGAUAAGCAGGGCUUCUACUCUUUCUGGAAUGAGAAUAUUUCUUAUGCCUUACGAGGAUGCAUCGUAAUCGAAUUGGCCUUUCGCGGCCGAGUUAGCAUGCAGAAGGACUCCUCACGACGACGUUUUCCGCUUGCUGAUCGAAUUCUUGAAGUGAUUGAUGAUACCUUGACAGGAGAGGUGCUGCUGGAUGAAGCACUGAAAAUGAUGAAGUCAAGUGAGAAGAUGAGCGUCAGCUCAUGGAUUGACCUAAUGAGUGGUGAAACAUGGAACUUAAUGAAGAUUGGCUAUCAGCUUAAACAAGUAAGAGAGAGACUUGCUAAGGGUCUUGUUGACAAGGGUGUUCUUCGCACCGAAAAACGGAACUUCCUACUUUUCGAUAUGCCCACCCACCCCGUCGCCGACAGCUCUGCAAAAGAUGAAAUUAACAAGAGAGUCCGGAACAUCUGCACCAGCCGCACCGUUAUUAUACCUGCAAGCCAAUACCUCCCCAAUGACGUUGAAUUCAGAUACCUACGCAGCAUAACAAUGGUAUGUGCAGCUUAUGCUGCCAAUGUGCUUGAAAAUUGCUUGGUCACCAUGAACCAUGAUGCGCGAGAGAGGGCGUUUGCCCAGGUAGAUGAGCUUCUAGCUGAUUAUUCACAAUGGCCAUUUUCGUUACGAUCUGGCGGAACACAAGGAAUUGGAGCAAACUUGUCGCAGGAGGUGAGAGCAGAGCUUGAAAGAGCGAAGGACAGAGAGCUUCAGUUAGAGGUGAUAGCGGCAUGCUUAAAUGUGUUUACACGUCUUGAUUCCCUACUUUGA